AUGCACCGUGAUGUAAAUGUAUAACAGAAAUCCGUCGCAAUGUGAUGGUUAGAUUCUUCAGUGGAGCAUCGCUUCUCGUUACCCGCGCCCAUGGUGUUUACUGCUACACAAUGCAGACGGUGAUGCGGCGAGCGGUGGGUGUGCGCUUCUGAAGACCGCCACCGUUGGUGAGAAGAGAAGCUUCAUACGAGCAGCAAGUCUCUCAGCCACUGAAGCGGAACCACGCGCUGCGGAUAAUGUCUUUUUACUCCCUGCCAUUCUCCAUCCUUUCCCGGUUAAAAGCGACGGAAUCAACAGAAAGACCCUGAAAGUUGGAUAUAUAUUUCUUCUAAUAGUGGCAGUGCCAGAAGAGCCAAGAUGAAAUUUCCCACUGAGAAUCCAAGAAAACCAGGGAACAUGAACCCUCCACCAGUGGCAGUCCAGACCAACCUGGUUCCACCAAAGAAGGUGCAGCCAGGCAUGCUUCAGUCCAGCCUAGUACAUGCCAGUGUGGCCACUAUGCAGAACCCAAUGGGCUGCGUUCUGCCAAGGCUCUCCGCCUCCUCCCGUCCCCCGAGCAUGGUGGCCAGCAUGGAGGCGGUGGCCGAUGGCUCAGCUCCCUUCACCAUGAUGAAGCUGAAAACUGUGCUAGCUGUGUUUGUAGUGGUGGUGACCUACCUGGUAGCAGGGGGUUUGGUGUUCCAAGCACUUGAGCAACCCUUUGAAAAUAACCAGAAGAUCACCAUCACAGCAGAGAAGGCAGCUUUCCUGCUAAAACACCCCUGUGUGUCCUCAGAAGACUUGGAGGCUAUCAUCAAGCACUCUGUGGAGGCUGUGAAUGCUGGAGUGAAUCCUGUUGGUGAUACCUCCUACAACUCAAGCCACUGGGAUCUGGGUAGUGCCUUCUUUUUUGCUGGAACUGUCAUCACCACUAUAGGAUAUGGUAACAUUGCUCCAAGCACAGAGGGAGGGAAGAUUUUCUGCAUUCUUUAUGCAAUAUUUGGGAUCCCGCUGUUUGGAUUCCUCCUGGCAGGUGUUGGGGACCAGCUAGGUACCAUAUUUGUCAAAAGCAUUGCCAAAGUGGAGAAAAUGUUUCGGAAUAAACAAAACCAAAUCAGUCAGACUAAAAUCCGUGUGGCAUCCACGCUGCUCUUUAUCCUGGCUGGCUGCAUCUUGUUUGUCACCAUCCCAGCUGUUAUUUUCAAGCACAUUGAGGGCUGGACAGCUCUGGAGUCAACCUAUUUUGUCGUCAUUACUCUGACAACAGUUGGAAUAGGUGACUAUGUGGCAGGUGGAGACCGGAGAAUUGAGUACCGGGAGUGGUACAGACCGCUAGUGUGGUUCUGGAUCUUGGGUGGCCUGGCUUAUUUUGCUGCAGUGUUGAACAUGAUCAGUGACUGGCUGAGGGUGCUGUCCAAAAAGACAAAAGAAGAGGUUGGAGAGAUCAAAGCUCAUGCAGCUGAGUGGAAAGCAAAUGUUCGAGCAGAGUUCAGAGAGACACGUCGGCGCAUGAGCAUAGAAGUCCACGACAAGUUACAGCGAGCUGCAACCAUCCGAAGCAUGGAGAGACGGCAGCUAGGCCUGGACCAGCGUGCUGUGUCCCUGGACAUGCUUUCCCCAGAACGGCGUGCCAUCUUCAACAGUCUGGAUGCCAACAACUAUAAGACUUCUUCCCAGGAAAGUAUCGACACUAAGCUAAACAACCUUCGACUGCGAGGAGCCGAGCAGUGUGACCGACGCUCCAGCUCCCAAACCAUGUCUGAGGACAACAUUUUUAAUCGCCUUGGCUCCGUCACCAAGCUAGCCAAGCGUAACAGGAAUAGAGACCUAAAGAAAAACAUCCCAGAUGAAACUCGCCGGCCUCAUAGUGAAGCGUACGGUUACAGCACACCUGCUUUUGACUGCAGCAUACCUACGACAGAUGAAGGAAGAAGAAAAGACGAAGGAGAGGAUGAAAACGAAGACAAGGAAUGCAACACCAGUUUGUCGGAUUUUCCACUGUUUGUGGAAGCUUGCAAGCCGCAAAAUGGGCUUAUACAGGAGCACACCAAAGAGAGCGAGGAUGACAAAACCCAUGAUACAGAUCUCCAUAUUAAGAUAGACUCUGCAUGAUCCUACAGAUGGGUUUUUAAAUACCACCAUUAGUGCCUCUCCCUUAUUCCUGUGUGUGCUUGAGCAAGGACAGAACCUUUCCUUUUUGAUAUAUACAGUAAUGGUCACAUAUUCAAUGGGCUCUAUGGAUCUGAGGCAUAGAUGUUACUUUCUAUAAAUCAAGACCUGGAAGGGUUUCUGUCAUUGUUCUUUGACAAAUGAUUGUUAAGUUAUAGUAAAAGUUGUCAGCUAUGUCCAUUGUUUUUCUCAAUUGUACUGUACUCAGCUAUAAUCUAUAAAGAUACGCACGUGUCCCAUGGAGAGAUUUCAAUUGUCCAAGUGGGAAGGGGAGUGUUCACUAAGUAUUUUCUGUUUUGUUUUAGUAUACAGUACAUGUCAUAUACAACUACAAGUUGUUAGUCAGCACUGUUUCUUCUGUACACUGCACUUUCACUUGAAUUUGAAAUGAAAUAUAAACAAACAUAUAAAGUUUUGGCAUGGGCGGAGCUACAAGAAACUGUUCUGACCAUCUACAUGGGGCCCAGCUUUUAGAAAUGAUCCAGAAACAUUUAGACAUGGCAGCAAUUACCAAUGUGUCCAACCAUGCAGAUGAUGUGGUUUGUAAAGAACCAGCGAAAUUGUAAAAAUAAGCUGAUGCAGAUCACUCUCCAGAUUCAAAGGUGUAAGCAUUAAAAAAUUAGACUUAAAACAGAACUGGCACUGUUAGAUGUGUGAUGAAAGUAUCAGGUUUGGAUGUCAGUGACAGAAUUGGAGGUGUCUUAAAUGAGGUCUUAUGUGUACACACAGACGUACAACUUGGUGCUGUGACUUCAUCUGUGUCUCAAGCAUAAUAAAUAUGAAAACGGGAAAAAAAAAUGCUGUGUGGAACAUUAAAACAUAAAGGCCUGACUUUCUUAUGAUGUGUUGUUAGCUGUCAUGUUGCCUACUCAAAAUUGAUUCUUAAAAUGUGCAUUUAAAUGUGACUAAAAACAUGCCACAUGUUGUCUGUGCAUGGUCCCCAACCUUAGCCAUUGUCUCUGUACAAUGUCUGACCUCUUUUAACACUAUCUCAGGGCCUGAUAUUGUCUCCUAAGUAUUGAAUGAGGGGUCAGUAACUAUACCUGUUCUCAAUGAAAAAUAAUGAAAAUAGAAUGGAAGAAGAGCCAUAAUGAAAGAGGAAUGUCUGUUGCAUAUUCUCCAUGAAACAUGGUUUGAGACGAUGGGUUUGAGAGUAUAAAAGGGACUGCUGUUACUGUCAGUGUGCAUUGUGCCCUUGUUAUUGUACCUUAAACGAACAUAUUUAGGAGGUGUAGAUUGUCUGUGGCAGUGACAUUACAGAUCUUGAUUUGACUUGGGUUUACCCCCUCGCCUGCAAUCUGGAAAAUUCAAAUGGAUGGACGUCAGUGGAACACGGAACCACCAGGACUGACACACCUGAUAGGCUGUGACACCUGUCAAACGAGUAAACGUGGUCCAAAACAUACAAUUCUAGCCUUAAUACCUUUUUGAUGGAUUUUAACAGGAGGAAGGAUUUUAGCUCUGGAGAAUCAAUCUUGAUGUGAAAAACAUGGGAUUGGACAGUUUGGGACAUUAUCAAUGAAAUUCUAUGCAGUUGGAGAUUUUUGUGCAGCCAGCAUCUGAUGGCCAUUGCCAGUACUCCAUCUUAAUGAACUUGUGCAUCGGCUGCAGCUUCAGCCAUGGUAUUGGCUGUUAGAGCAGAUGAUAUUCCCCCAAAAUAAAAUCGUCUCGUACUCACUGUGUACCUUUUAAGGGGAAAAAAGAAAACGUGCUUAAAACAUACUGUGAUAUUAUGAUGCUCAUACUGUUUUAAACACCGCUCCUAGCCUCAUGUUAAUGUAGUCACUAUCUGUGUAUGCACUCUGUCUUAUCUUACUGUUCACAUUAUUAAGUGAAGCUCUAGGCUAGUGUCAAUGCAAGAAGAACAUGUGUUUUAAAAUGCUUCCAAGUGAUACAAAAAUGCAAAGCUUUACAAAGAAAACUAAGACAUGGAACAAGAAGGCAUGCUGUAUUACAAAUUAUUAUAAUGUGUAUGAUGUUGACUGUAUACGACCACUUGCUUCAAAGGAUGGCGUUUUUAACUGCCUGUGUUAAUAAGAUGCACAAGCAGCACAAGCUAUGUACUUAGACAUUGCUCACAGUAUCUCCCGUGCAACCAUUACAUUAAAGGUAGUGAUUGCCUUUUGGAAUUAAAGAUCACUAAAUGAGUGCUAUUUAUGA